UUUUAUCCCCUGACCGAUCAUCUGUCCGAUUUGGCGACGUCGUGGCCAGCUGAAACGUAAAAAAGUCGAGAUCCCGCCCUGCCCAGGUGCGUUAUGCGGGUGAACGAAACUGAUAGCGAGCAUAAUGAUAACCAAGGGUUAGUACCUCGGCGCGAAGACACGCGAAAGCACGAGGAUGAGCCAUGGCAAACCCGGUGUCGGCUUGCAUGUAUUCGGAAUGGAUGGUCGGUGGUGAGGAGUAUCGGGUUGCGGCGCCAGGAGACGAUGGGACAAAGGACGGCGACACAAAGGAGGACAAGAAAAGAGGGUACAAGCACGUGCCGCACAGGGAGAAGCCGGCGCAGGUCGUGGCCAGGAGGAACGCCAGGGAGCGGCGCAGGGUCCAGGCGGUCAACUCGGCCUUCGCGAGGCUGCGGAAGGUGGUCCCGGUGGAAAAUGCCAGAGGAAAACGCAUCAGCAAGGUGAAGACCCUCCAGCACGCCAUCGACUACAUCCACUCCCUGUUAGACCUCCUCGAGCAGGACCGGAACUACCACGUCCUCUCCCACUACUACGCCCACAAGCUCCAGGAGGACUACUUCCCCGACUUCCACUACGCCGCCAACUUGUAGCCGUCCCCAGCCAACCAAUUCUAGUCAUUAAUUAACCCCAAAUAAA